GGCCAGCAGGAAGUCCGGUGUUGAUGAUGGCUCUGCAGCCAGAAGGCCUAUAGUCGGGGUCUGCCCCCAGGUGCUGCUCGGCCCUUCUCUUUGCGCGGCUCUCGGUUCUGUUCCCGGCCCGGGCCGGUCCUCUCAGAGUGACACUGUCAGAGCGAAUCUCUGCUCGCCGCCAUGCACGACGCCUUCGAGCCGGUGCCGAUCCUGGAAAAGCUGCCUCUGCAGAUCGACUGCCUGGCUGCCUGGGAGGAAUGGCUUCUUGUUGGAACCAAACAAGGACAUCUUCUUCUCUACAGGAUUCGGAAGGAUGUUGUGCCAGCAGCUGUGGCAUCACCUGAAAGCGGCAGUUGCAACAGGUUUGAAGUGACACUAGAGAAAUCCAACAAGAACUUCUCCAAAAAGAUUCAGCAGAUCCAUGUGGUUUCCCAGUUUAAGAUUCUAGUCAGCUUGUUAGAAAAUAAUAUUUAUGUCCACGACCUAUUGACAUUUCAACAAAUCACUACGGUUUCAAAAGCAAAGGGAGCAUCGCUGUUCACAUGUGACCUCCAGCACAUGGAGACCGGUGAGGAGGUGUUGCGGAUGUGUGUGGCCGUGAAAAAGAAGCUGCAGCUCUAUUUCUGGAAGGACAGGGAGUUUCAUGAACUGCAGGGGGACUAUAGUGUACCAGACGUGCCCAAGUCCAUGGCAUGGUGUGAAAAUUCCAUCUGUGUGGGCUUCAAAAGAGACUACUACCUCAUAAGGGUGGAUGGAAAGGGGUCUAUCAAAGAGCUCUUCCCAACAGGAAAACAGCUGGAGCCCUUGGUGGCCCCUCUGGCAGAUAGGAAAGUAGCCGUGGGUCAGGAUGACCUCACCGUGGUGCUCAACGAGGAGGGGAUCUGCACGCAGAAAUGCGCCCUGAACUGGACGGACAUACCAGUGGCCAUGGAGCACCAGCCUCCCUACAUCAUUGCAGUGUUGCCUCGCUAUGUGGAGAUCCGAACACUUGAACCACGGCUCCUGGUCCAGAGCAUUGAAUUGCAAAGACCUCGUUUCAUCACUUCAGGAGGAUCAAACAUUAUCUAUGUGGCCAGCAAUCAUUUUGUUUGGAGACUUAUUCCUGUUCCCAUGGCAACUCAGAUCCAACAGCUGCUCCAGGACAAACAGUUUGAAUUGGCUUUGCAGCUUGCAGAAAUGAAAGAUGACUCUGACAGUGAGAAGCAACAGCAGAUCCAUCACAUCAAAAACUUGUAUGCCUUCAACCUCUUCUGCCAGAAGCGUUUUGAUGAGUCCAUGCAGGUCUUUGCUAAGCUCGGCACAGAUCCUACCCAUGUGAUGGGCCUGUACCCAGACCUGCUGCCCACCGACUACAGGAAGCAGCUGCAGUAUCCUAACCCCCUACCUGUGCUCUCCGGGGCUGAGUUGGAGAAGGGUCACUUAGCUCUGAUCGACUACCUGACACAGAAACGGAGCCAGUUGGUAAAGAAGCUGAAUGACUCUGAUCACCAGUCUAGCACUUCCCCGCUCAUGGAGGGCACGCCCACCAUCAAGUCCAAGAAGAAGCUGCUGCAGAUCAUCGACACCACCCUACUCAAGUGCUACCUCCAUACGAACGUGGCCCUGGUGGCCCCCCUGCUGCGCCUGGAGAACAACCACUGCCACAUCGAAGAGAGCGAGCACGUGCUGAAGAAGGCCCACAAGUACAGCGAGCUCAUCAUCCUGUAUGAGAAGAAGGGGCUCCAUGAGAAAGCCCUGCAGGUGCUGGUGGACCAGUCCAAGAAGGCAAACUCGCCGCUGAAAGGCCAUGAGAGGACAGUGCAGUAUCUGCAGCAUCUGGGCACAGAAAACCUGCAUUUGAUUUUUUCCUACUCGGUGUGGGUGCUGAGAGACUUCCCAGAGGACGGCCUGAAGAUAUUCACCGAAGACCUCCCGGAGGUGGAGUCUCUGCCCCGGGACCGAGUGCUCGGCUUCCUGGUAGAGAAUUUCAAGGGCCUGGCUAUUCCUUAUCUGGAGCACGUCAUCCACGUUUGGGAGGAGACGGGCUCGCGGUUCCACAACUGCCUGAUCCAGCUGUACUGCGAGAAGGUGCAGGGGCUGAUGAAGGAGUAUCUGCUGGCCUUCCCUGCAGGCCAAACUCCAGUUCCCGCUGGAGAGGAAGAGGGUGAGCUGGGAGAAUAUCGACGGAAGCUCCUUAUGUUCUUAGAAAUUUCCAGCUACUAUGACCCAGGCCGGCUCAUCUGUGAUUUUCCUUUUGACGGCCUCCUGGAGGAGCGUGCUCUCCUGCUGGGGCGCAUGGGGAAGCAUGAACAGGCCCUCUUCAUCUACGUCCACGUCCUGAAGGACACACGGAUGGCCGAGGGGUACUGCCACAAGCAUUAUGACCAAAACAAAGAUGGCAACAAAGAUGUGUAUCUGUCCCUGCUCCGGAUGUACCUGUCACCCCCAAGCGUUCACUGCCUGGGGCCCAUCAAGCUGGAGCUGCUGGAGCCCCAGGCCAACCUCCAGGCUGCCCUGCAGGUCCUCGAGCUGCACCACAGCAAACUGGACACCACCAAGGCCCUCAACCUUCUGCCGGCGAAUACUCAGAUUAAUGAGAUACGCAUCUUCCUGGAGAAAGUCUUGGAAGAAAAUGCGCAAAAGAAACGGUUCAAUCAAGUGCUCAAGAACCUUCUCCAUGCAGAGUUCCUGCGGGUCCAGGAAGAGCGGAUUUUACACCAGCAGGUGAAGUGCAUCAUCACGGAGGAGAAGGUGUGCAUGGUGUGUAAGAAGAAGAUUGGGAACAGCGCAUUUGCGAGAUACCCCAAUGGCGUGGUCGUGCACUACUUCUGUUCCAAAGAGGUAAACCCGGCGGACACCUGAGCUCACGUGCCCGGGACCCAGCAGAUGGACAGCUUGGCCACCGAGAGGGAAGCAGGCGCCGCCCGAGGAAUCGGGCUGCCGCCACCGCAGGAGUCUCCCACUUGGACACUAUCGGCUCCCCUGCGCCCUGGAGCAUCUCUGAAUUAAUCAGACCUGUGGUCUGGUGUCGUCAGCUUUUUAAUAGAAAAAGAUUUAGAUAAACUUUGUAAACCAGGAGAACUCAACACCUGCUUGGACCGGAGGAGGUGACGGGCACCGUCUUGCCUUUGCAUACCAGUCCCCUGAGUCAGGAAACUGCCUCCAGCUUUUGCAGCCCCGGUGUUUAUUCAGGUUCCUAUCAAGCCGCAUGCAGGACUUCACAGGAGCCCUUCGCAUGGCUGACGGAGUCCUGAGAAGAGAGCAAGCCAGAGCUCCUCCGCCCGCCAGGGCCACACACUCCUCCUCCGUGGUCACCGCGCCGUGCCCCCAGGAGCCCCCACUCCUGUCUGCAUUCCCAGGCUCCUUUUGUGUCCCCCUCCCUGCUCCACUCUCCUGCCCACUUCCCGACUCCAGGAGUAACAUGCGUAAGCAAGGCGGAGUGAGAAGCCAGGGGAAGUCUGACAGGUUGACUGUCAGGCGUGUAGUGACGGACCCUCCUUGGACGGCACGCUCUGCCUGGAAGCUGAGCAGCGCGUCCUUCUCGGCCUAGAAAGGCCUGCGCACCUCCCCGAGGGCGAGUGUGGCCGUAGCUCUAAGGACGGACAGCACCGCCCGGGGUGGGUGACCUCUUAGGCUGCCCCGGCCGAGGCUCCUGCUGCUGUUUCACCCUCCAGCCACCAGGCGGGUUAGUUAGUCUUCGUGCGUGAGCGCUCCGUGCUCGGCGCCUCUCUUUCCAGCGGCGGGACCCCUUUCAGCCUGGCCCGGCCGCCGUCCUCCAGCUGCUGUGCAGUCGGAGGGCUGCACUGGGACAUCACAGGUACACACAGGAAUGGCCCGGUCGGGCUCCGACAGCGACGUGGUGUCAGACAUACUUGUGAGGCGCCCGGGGACUGCGGGAGUGAGUGCUGCAGAGGGCAGGCGCGGCAGCACCUGGGUGUAUGAGAUAUCUCACCACCAGAUCCCGACUCCCGGAGGCACCAGGAGUGUCCAGCACUGCAGGCGGAGGACACUCGGGAGAGGGCCCUGCACCCUGUCCUCCUGGGGUUUUGCGGUGUCUCACUAAAUGGUAGUGAGAGUGAGUGACGGGGCCCAGCACUCGCCCCCGUCUAUCCUUUGCCACUGUGCUGUUUGGGCCUGUGCUGCAGACUGACUGACUGGUGGUGUAGACUAGGCUUCUGCCAGCACGUGCUCUGUGGAGGGUCUGAAGGAACAGCAAGUGCCGGUGACACCUUCACAGAGAUGAGGGAUUCUGCUCGGGUUUUGGAGGCCGAGCAGCACUUCACAAGAGCCACCGUCCCAGCUGGCCACACCCGCCCUCGGGAGGCGGUGCUGCCCUGGCCGCGCGAAGACCGACCGGGCUCCCCAGGAGCAGCAGCGGCACCACACGGCCCGCCUCCAGGCCUGCUGUUCCUGCCUUCCACUCCCGCUCCCUGGGGCACAUCUGUAUGAAGCACUAGAACAAAGAAUGUGUGUUUUCUCCCCUGCUGGAUACUUAAAUGGACCAGUUUUCCCGGGUUCCAGUCUCCCUUCCCUGGACUGUGCCCUCUGCGGAGGGGUGGGAAAGGCUGGCAGUGAAAGCUCUGUAGUGAGGACUGAUGAAGGUCUCACAUAAUAAACAUCUUAAAGUAACUAA